AUGGGGAAGCUCGAAGAGACCCCGGAGUCCGCACCACUGACGCGCCAGCGGUCUGAAUCGCUUGCAUCGCAAGCCUCGACUGACUCCGGAUUAUCGAUUGCUUCCGCGGCGUUCAUGGAAGGCCACAAGGGAGGCAACACGAUGCCGGAGGGAGAGGAGCGUUAUCGCGAUAUAGAAGACGGAGGCGAGGCAGGGUUGGAUGAGCCUCUGAUUCCAGGUGAAAAGAAGUCAGGCUCAUCCAGUCGCCUGCGCCAAAUCCUCUGGGGCCUCGUCCUGCUGUGCGUCGGAGGCUGGAUGCUUGCUUUCGUGCUGUUCUUGUCGCAGAAGCGGCCUGAGGCCGCAACUUCGUCGAAACCGAUGGCCAACAUCGCGUCUACUGCGACGUCGAGCAUCCACGAACCAGCUUCGACCGAGGCUAAGCAUGGGAAUCCUGUGACCCUUGAGCAAAUUUUGGAGGGCGCCUGGCAGCCUAAGUCUCACGCUAUCUCUUGGAUCGCAGGCCCGAACGGUGAAGAUGGUCUUCUCGUCGAGAGAGGCGAGGAGCAAGAUGCGUAUUUGCGGGUCGAGGACAUCCGCAGUACCAAGGAUGGAGUCGACAAUCUCGAAGUGCGAGUGUUGAUGAAGAAAGAUUAUAUAUGGUUUGAUGAUAAAAUCUUCCACGCCAGCAGGACCUGGCCAAGCCCCGACAUGACCAAAGUCUUGGUGAUGACUGACAUCCAGUCCAACUGGAGACAUUCGUUCUUUGGCAAGUACUGGAUCUUGGAUGUGGCGACGCAGGAGGCCGAGCCACUCGACCCUGGCAACUUGAGCGACCGAGUCCAGUUGGCAGUCUGGUCACCGACCUCCGACGGAGUUGUCUUCGUUCGCGAGCAAAAUCUCUUUUUGCGCAAGCUCGGCUCCUUGGAUGCCACUGCCAUCACCAAGGAUGGCGACGAGAACCUCUUCUACGGUAUCCCAGAUUGGGUGUAUGAGGAAGAGGUUUUCCAAGGCAACACCGGUACCUGGUGGUCUGGGGAUGGCAAGUUCGUUGCAUUCCUCAGAACAAACGAGUCAGCCGUUCCUGAAUAUCCUGUCCAGUACUUCCUUUCUCGGCCUUCAGGCAAGGAGCCACCCCCCGGGCUCGAGAAUUAUCCCGAGGUCAGCCAGAUCAAGUAUCCCAAGCCAGGCGCUCCCAACCCAAUCGUCAACCUUCAAUUCUAUGACGUUGAAAAAGAUGAGGUGUUCUCCUUUGAGAUGCCAGAGGACUUUGACGACGCCGAAAGAAUCAUCAUCGAGAUCGUUUGGGCGUCCGAGGGCAAAGUCCUCAUCCGAGAGACCAACCGAGAGAGCGACGUCGUCAAGAUCUUUGUCAUGGACACCAAGGCCCGAACAGGCAAACUUGUGCGGUCGGACGACGUUUCGGCACUCGAUGGAGGCUGGGUUGAGCCUUCACAAUCAACUCGGGUCAUUCCUGCUGACCCCCAAAAUGGCCGACCGCAUGAUGGGUAUAUUGACACUGUUAUCCACGAAGGCUAUGAUCAUUUGGCCUAUUUCACACCCUUUGACAACCCCAAGCCUGUCAUGCUGACAAAGGGUAACUGGGAAGUUGUAAAGGCGCCGUCGGCAGUGAAUCUGGACAAGGGCUUAGUAUACUUCGUUGCUACCAAGGAGGCGCCGACCCAACGUCACGUAUACUCGGUGAAGCUAGACGGCUCCGACCUUCGGCCUCUGACUGAUACCUCCGCGCCUGGUUACUUCGAGGUUUCGUUCUCCGACCGAGCUGGGUAUGGUUUACUCAGCUACAAGGGCCCUCAUGUGCCGUGGCAAGCCGUUAUAAAUACCCAUGGCGACGAAAUUGAUUUCGAAACCCUCAUUGAGGAGAACUCCAAACUCGCCAAGAUGGUGGAAGAAUUCUCUCUGCCGACAGAGGUGUACACCAAUGUAACGAUUGAUGGUUACACGCUCCAGGUGGUUGAGCGCCGCCCUCCAAACUUCGAUCCUGCCAAGAAGUACCCGGUACUUUUCCACUUGUACGGUGGACCAGGAUCGCAGACGGUUGAUCGCAAGUUCCAAAUCGACUUCCAAUCAUACAUUGCUUCAAGUUUGGGCUAUAUUGUCGUGACAGUGGACGGUCGCGGCACUGGCUUCAUCGGGAGAAAGGCACGAUGCAUCAUUCGUGGUAACAUCGGACACUAUGAAGCCCUGGAUCAGAUCGAGACCGCCAAAAUCUGGGGUAAGAAGGGAUACGUGGACGAAUCCCGCAUGGCUAUCUGGGGCUGGAGCUAUGGUGGCUUCAUGACUUUGAAGGUCCUUGAGCAGGAUGGAGGCGAGACAUUCCAAUACGGCAUGGCUGUAGCGCCAGUGACGGACUGGAGAUUCUAUGACUCCAUCUACACGGAACGUUAUAUGCACACCCCUCUGCACAACCCGUCAGGCUAUGACAAUACCUCGAUCAACGACGUCGAGGCUCUGGGCCGUAAUGUUCGUUUCCUGGUCAUGCACGGUGUUGCCGAUGAUAAUGUUCAUCUCCAAAACACACUGGUCUUGAUCGACAAGCUGGACAUGGCGAAUAUCGACAACUAUGACAUGCAGGUGUUCCCUGAUUCUGAUCAUUCAAUCUACUUCCACAACGCGCACACCGUUGUUUACGAACGUGAGUCCCUUCCUGAUUCAAAUCACUUCGGUUCAUCAACCCGAAGCUUUUGCGACUAUCGAGACUAA